AUGAGGAGGUCACCCCACCAUUUAAGUUCUCGUCCCAGCACAGAUUCGUCCACUGCACCACUCUUAGGUGAUAAUGACAAGGGUAACAAGUCAAGUGGAAGACAUAGGGAAAAGAUAUAUGCGAUCGGGUCAGGAAGACGGCAUCAAGCGACUAGUACUUCUGGAAAGAAAGAGGAGAAACCUCACAAUUCCGAAGAUUCCUACAGACGCAUCAAGACAUCCGACCAAAAAGCCCAUGAAGAAGAACAAGAGUCCUCCAAAGGCAAAAAAUAUCUCCUCGAUCCCGUUACGUUAUUGCGGUGCAAAAGUCAUCGAUCCGACAUAAGAAGUAAGAUCAGGUUAACCCAACGUUCUAUGGAAAUAGAAGAAAGAGAGAGUAUUACCGGAAGAAAUCCGUGGGAACACUGGAAAGGAUACAUCGAUAGGCUUGAAGAGCUGCAUAAGAAGAUCCUUGAACUUGAAAAGGCUGGUUAUUCACCACGGAAAGCCAACCGGGAGUUAGACAAGCUUUUGGAAAGCAACAAAGAUCUUUUCGCACCUUAG